AUGGCUACCGACUGGCACCCGGACUUUCUGCCCCAGAACCAGCCUGCUCUGGAGAGUGUUGGAGGAGCUCAUGUCGAUCGAGCGCUCCAGAACACCUCUGGCAACAUACAGUCAUACUCCGACAACCUUGCAGCACACCACAGCGAUGCCACUGGCCGUGACGAGCAAUUCCAACAGCUGGCGUACAAGUAUCCCCAUCCACCUCCCGCCCCGGCUCAUCCAAUCCACGCUCCCACAAAUUUCCACCAGCAACAGGCAUUAGCGGCUCGAUUUCAAGCAAAGAAGCUUCGACGAAUGAAUUCCGUUGGUCAUAGCUCGGGGGGUGCUCGCCGGGCGAGGAGCUACCUCAAAUCGCAAAAGUAUCUCGAGUAUAGAGCACGUCCUCGACGAGACACGGGCAAAGAUGGGGAAGCAGUAUGGUCAGACGAACUUGAGGAUGCGUUUCAACAAGCUCUCGAAGCAAAUCCUCCAAUGGGCCGACGGAAAUGGUCUGAACAGGGAAAGUCCUAUGGCCGCAAUGAACUGAUUGCCGAGUACAUCUACGAUGCCACUGGCAAGAGAAGAACCAGGAAGCAAGUUUCCAGUCACCUGCAAGUAUUGGACUCGUUCCUGAAAGGUGACCCUGACUGGGAAAGACUUGUACGAGAACAGUCAUCGGAACGCUCUGGUGGUACUCCUCAGCCGACUGGUCCGCGGUGGAGGUCUUCGCUUCGAUCUCCUGUGCCAAGCAGUUAUCGUCCCCCAGCUCACAAUGUCUACCAUGACCCCUUGCGGCCGGUGCAGCCUUACCCUGCAGAGCUCCCCCCUCCGACACACUUCACCCUGGGCUCGAAUGUUCACGAGCCAGUGAAUUCCCAGACUAUCUACGGGUUAAAUCUCGAUAUGUGGGUGACAGCUCCUCACCAGGCACAUCAGGUAGAUAAAGCGUUGCACCAGUACACUCGUCUUCAAGGGGACCAGAACCGCCCGGGAGCUCCACCGAUGCCUUUAGAAAGCCUGGUGGGCUGGCGGACCGCCUUCCCGCACUUGUCAACGCUUACCUCUGGUGCUGAGGGUGCUUUGGACUGUGACAUUAUCUUGCUUGAAGCCAGCCUCGAGCUUAUGGACGAUUUCCCCCCCCCUAGCUCACGACUGGGGAUUGUUCUGAAUCUGGACUUCGGCCACCCAAUAGCGGGCGACGUUUCGAUGAUUGAGCAGAUGGAAAACUGGGUCUGCAGUACCUAUCUCUACGAGAAUGGACAAACUAUCCUGGAGUCGCAUCAUAACCUCAAAAAGCCCUUGUCGACGCAAGUGCAACCGCUGUGUGAGUCGACAUGGUGGGUGAAGCGACUUACUGAGUUGACCCAGGAUAAACGAAGGGAUGAAGAUGCCGGGCGACACCAUGCUGCCGACGAGCGCACAAGACGGUACUUCCGCUCUCUGACAGCAGUGACUGAAAUCCGGGCAACGUCACCCAACCCCCGACGGAUGUCCAACCAAUUUCAUCCUCAAGUGAAUGAAGAAAAGAGAAUGGCCAUUGUACUUUGGAAAUUCCGGCAAACACGACCGAACGAGGUUGGGACGACCACAUGGAAGAAGUUGAUCCCUCCACCUGAGCGCACUAUCACAAACAGCCCGAGAGCAGUGUCCGGGAUCGAUUUGCCCCCUCUUUCUCUGGAAGGGCUUUCUAUGCAUAGGCCCGCUCCUCCGAAUGUUUACCAAGCCCCUCCUCCCCAGCCGCAUGACUUGCUUCACGGCAAUAGCUUGCCACAGCCUCACUGGCAGCUAUAUCAGCAACCGCAAGAAAGCGUGGGGAACAUGUUCAACACGACAAACUCGCUCGACUUCUUGAGCUCCAUUAGCAGAGCUGAAGAUGGCCUUGGGGACAGACCGGCGGUUACAUCAGUCCUCGAUCCUUUUCCCAGUUUGCAACAACCGGAGACCAGCCAGCCAGCCAGCCUCACCGGCUCUACCGAUGCCCCUGUUAUGCUAAACGCCCCGGAAUACCAUCUACCUCAACCUCACCUUACAGGAUAUGGCAUGGGCCAUGACAGCCAUUAUAUCCAUUCCCAACACCCCGUCAGCAAUGUCCAGGAAAGCAGCAAGUUCCUCAACAGCAUCCUGGGUAAUGGACCGCAGCCCAUCGACGACAUGGGUCAUAACCAUGCCGCAUGGAGUGUGCCUUCAACAUCUAUCUCCGAUGAUGUUGGAUCGAACAAUUACACCCAUCUCCAGUUCCAGCCCUCCGACCAUGAAGUGCCGGUAUCCCGUGGACCGUCGCACCAGGCCAACGGACUCGAAGGACUUGUGCCGCCUGAAUGGCUGGAGAAGAUGGUUGGAGGGGUAUCUGGCGACCCUGGUAUGCAUGGGGCAGGACCCGAUCAUGCCAAUUCCUCCUAUAAUGAGAACAUCGUGGAGGCGGUUUAA